GCAAUCAUUGUUGAUUCACUGUGCACCCGUGAUGACUUACCGUGCACAUAAAGUGUAAUUGCUGCGCUUUCUCCUCUCCCCACCACCAUAAUUCCUCGGUAAGCAGAAAAGAUUUGAUCGGAAAGUGGAAAUGAGGAGCGAUAUGGUAGUAGGAGGCGUUCCGUUGAAUUUUGAUCAACCAGAGGGGUGUGUGGCAAACGUACUCUCCUUAACAACUCCUCAGGACGUAUGCCGACUCUCUGCUGUCUCUCCAAUUUUCAAGUCGGCCGCCGAAUCUGACGUUGCUUGGCAGAGGUUCCUGCCUAACGAUCUUGAAUCCAUCCUGUCUACUGCCCUUGAUGGUUCUCUCCUGCUGUCGUCCGCUUCUUCCAAAAAAGAAGUCUACUUCAGUCUCUGUGACAAUCCCAUCAUUGUUGACCAUGGGAGAAAGUUGAUAAUUAAUAUAUUCGUUAACCAGUUUAAAAGGAUCAAGCGAACUGCCAUUAAGAGUUUGUGCGAGAGGUUUUCAUUGGAGAAAAAGAGUGGGAAGAUCUGUUACGUGCUUUCUGCAAGGGAUCUCGUGAUUACAUGGGGUGAUACUCCUGUGUACUGGAAAUGGAAAUCUAAUUCUGACUCCAGAUUUGCAGAAGUGGCUGAGCUUAUUAAUGUGUGUAGGCUUGAAAUCAUUGGCAAAAUCAAUACUCGUUUGCUGUCCCCGGCAACAUUAUACACAGCAUACCUCGUGUUCAAGUUUGCAUCGAGAAUUCAUGGAUUGGAUCGCCAACCAGUAGAUGUCACAAUGAAACUGGAUGGAGGCGAAUAUGGUGCACGGACUUGUAGCUGGAAUGCGCAAGGAAUGCGCCGGCGCAAUACAACUGUAACUGUCAGAGGCCGGGUGCAUUAUCCAAAGGAAAGAGGAGAUGGGUGGUUGGAGAUGGAACUCGGUGACUUCUUUAGCACAGAAAAGGAGGAUGGAGAACUGGAAAUGAGGUUUUUUGACGACACUGAUCACUGGAAACGCGGGUUGAUUGUGGAAGGGAUUGAGAUCAGACCAAAAGAUGAGCUUAUGUUGGUCCUGCCUAACGAUCUUGAAUCCAUCCUGUCUACUGCCCUUGAUGGUUCUCUCCUGCUGUCGUCCGCUUCUUCCAAAAAAGAAGUCUACUUCAGUCUCUGUGACAAUCCCAUCAUUGUUGACCAUGGGAGAAAGAGCUUUUCAUUGGAGAAAAAGAGUGGGAAGAUAUGUUACGUGCUUUCUGCAAGGGAUCUCGUGAUUACAUGGGGUGAUACUCCUGUGUACUGGGAAUGGAAGUCUAAUUCUGACUCCAGAUUUGCAGAAGUGGCUGAGCUUAUUGAUGUGUGUAGGCUUGAAAUCCUUGGCAAAAUCAAUACUUGUUUGCUGUCCCCAGCAACAUUAUACACAGCAUACCUCGUGUUCAAGUUUGCAUCAAGAAUUUAUGGAUUGUAUAACCAACCAGUAGAUGUCACAAUGAAACUGGAUGGAGGCGAAUAUGGUGCACGGACUGUCAGCUGGAAUGCGCGAGGAAUGCGCCGGCGCAAUACAUCUGUAACUGUCAGAGGCCGGGUGCAUUAUCCAAAGGAAAGAGGAGAUGGGUGGUUGGAGAUGGAACUCGGUGACUUCUUUAGCACAGAAAAGGAGGAUGGAGAACUGGAAAUGAGGUUUUUUGACGACACUGAUCACUGGAAACGCGGGUUGAUUGUGGAAGGGAUUGAGAUCAGACCAAAAGAUGUUUCCAGGGCAGCUAGUCCAAGCAGUUAAAGAUUCACACACCGGACUACAUCUGAAAUGUGCAAGUUUACUUGGAGAAGCCGAGUUUGCACGCUGCUAUUUUUGAAUCAGAAUCGCUAUUGGACAGAAGUCAUUCUGUUGAAUAAUAAGUUAAAAAUUAUCCUAAUCGAUGGAAAGACCUCUCAAAUCCGUAAGUUUAUAAUAUAAACUCUAUGUUAUUUUGUUUUAUAAUCAAAUACUUGUGUAAUUCUAGGAGCUGUCAAGGCUCAGAAGACUAUCAUAUUAUUAUUAUUAUUAUUAUUAUUAUUAUUAUUAUUAUUAUAACAGUGAAAUAUCAAGGCUCAGGCACAUUUUAGUCUUCG